CCCUUCCAGCGUCUGUUCUGCUCUCUCUCACACCGUCCCGUUCCGACCGUCGUUUAAAAACAUUUCAGUCAGCCGACAAUGCUCUCAUCUACAAAAGAAUAUAGAUACAAAUGUAGUACUAAUUCUCAUUUUCACUACUAUAAAAUAUUCAAAAGCAUAUGAGCCGUUACCGUACACCUCACUAAUUAAUUGCUCAGCUACCUCUCUCUGUCUCUCUCUCUCUCUCUCUCUCUCUCUCUAAAUCAAAUUCACAUCUUGACUCCAUAGCUCUACUCUACUUUUGUCACUUUCUCUCUAAUCAUGUGAAAAACUGGCUAGGUUGUAGGAUUAGGGCUAGGGUUUUGAAAGAUUCGGAUUUGGAAUCGAUUAGAUGGGCAACUGCUGUAGAUCUCCGGCGGCGGUAGCCAGGGAGGACGUGAAAUCGUCGAACUUCUCCGGCCAUGGCGACGGCCGGAAGGAAAAGCCCGGCGUAGGCGGAGGCGGAGGGAAGAAGACUGUGACUGUGUUGAGUGAUGUAUCGAAGGAGAGCAUUGAGGAGAAGUAUAUGGUGGAUAGGGAGCUAGGGAGAGGCGAAUUCGGAGUUACUUAUUUGUGUAUUGAUCGGGAGACGAGAGAGUUGUUAGCGUGCAAGUCGAUUUCGAAGAGGAAGCUUCGGACGGCGGUGGAUGUGGACGAUGUGAGGAGAGAGGUGGCGAUUAUGAAGCAUCUGCCGAAGAAUUCGAGUAUUGUCAGCUUGAAAGAGGCGUGUGAGGAUGAUAAUGCGGUUCAUUUGGUGAUGGAGUUGUGCGAAGGCGGCGAACUGUUCGAUCGGAUUGUUGCCCGUGGGCAUUACACGGAGCGUGCUGCCGCGGCUGUGACGAGGACGAUUGUGGAGGUUGUGCAGCUUUGUCAUAAACAUGGAGUGAUCCAUAGGGAUUUGAAACCUGAGAACUUUUUGUUUGCAAAUAAGAAGGAGAAUUCGCCUUUGAAAGCCAUUGAUUUUGGCUUGUCAAUCUUCUUUAAGCAAGGUGAAAAGUUCUCUGAAAUUGUUGGAAGUCCAUAUUACAUGGCUCCGGAGGUGCUCAAGCGGAACUAUGGACCAGAAAUAGAUAUAUGGAGUGCAGGAGUAAUACUCUACAUUUUAUUGUGUGGUGUUCCUCCAUUUUGGGCAGAAUCUGAACAAGGGGUUGCACAAGCCAUUCUUCGUGGGAUAAUAGAUUUCAAACGGGAACCAUGGCCAAAUAUUUCAGAGAGUGCUAAGAGUCUGGUUCGUCAAAUGUUGGAGCCUGAUCCAAAGGUUCGACUAACUGCAAAGCAAGUCCUCGAGCAUCCUUGGCUUCUAAAUGCCAAAAAAGCCCCAAAUGUUCCUCUUGGCGAUGUUGUCAAGUCGAGACUCAAGCAGUUCUCAAUGAUGAAUAGGUUCAAGAGAAAGGCCCUGAGGGUUAUUGCCGAUUUCUUCUCCGUUGAAGAAGUUGAGGACAUCAAGGAAAUGUUCAGAAAGAUAGACACUGAUAACGACGGUAUUGUGUCCAUUGAAGAAUUGAAAGGUGGUCUUCAAAAGUUUGGUUCGCAUCUUGCCGAAUCUGAAGUACAGAUGCUUGUUGAAGCUGUAGAUACUAAUGGGAAAGGAACCCUAGACUGUGGAGAGUUUGUUGCUGUUUCCCUCCAUCUACAAAGAAUGGCCAAUGAUGAUCAUCUUCACAAGGCUUUUGCUUACUUUGAUAAGGAUGGUAAUGGUUACAUUGAACCAGGCGAGCUUCAGGAUGCAUUGAUGGAAGACGGAGCGGAUGAUUGUACAGCUGUAGCAAAUGAUAUCUUCCAAGAGGUCGACACAGACAAGGAUGGCAAAAUCAGCUACGAUGAGUUUGCGGCUAUGAUGAAAACCGGCACGGAUUGGAGAAAGGCUUCUCGACAUUACUCGAGAGGGAGAUUCAACAGUUUGAGUGUAAAGUUGAUGAAGGAUGGUUCUCUAAACUUGGGGAAUGAAUCAGCUCCUUAUUGAUUGCUGGCUUGCAAGGAUUGUGGAGAGGUUAGUACAUAUAAUCUCCCUCUUCAAAAUGUGAAAUUGAGUGAAAAAAACACUACCUUGUAGCCACGGUACACCUUGUAUGAUUCUGUCCCUCUUACUGUUGCAACCUUCUGCCCUUGUUUCUGGUUGACAAUGUGACGUUGAACUCUGUAGUGCUGUCGCAUAUUCUUGUAGCGGACUUCUGUAAAUAUAUGAUACAUGCACACACGAGGGAACACAUUAGUGCAUGCUUUGUCCUCGAGAUAUUGAGUGGCGUUAAAUCUGUGCUUGUGCGGGGAGACAGGGAAAAAAAUCAGAGGGGGCAUCGGGUUGCAAGUUGGUUUGGCUCUCAACACCAACCAACUAGUCUUGUCAUUGACUGUUGAAGAACCAAAAUUUAGUUCUAUGAUGGAUCUGUUGUUGUAAUUUAGUAUAAUUUUUAUUUAUUUUUAAUAUUUUGUUGUGUUUGGCAA